AUGAAGACAAGCCUGCAGGUCCUGCGCUGCCAACUGCUGACCGUGCUGCUGACGGUGUGCUGCAUGCGGCGCAGGAAGAAGUCGUCCAGCCAGGAGAACAACCUGAGCUACUGGAACAACGCCAUCACCAUGGACUACUUCAGCCGACACGCCGUCGAGCUGCCGCGAGAGAUUCACACGCUGGAGAGCGAGGAGCACGACAGCUGCCUCCCCCCGAACGGCGACUACGGCGUGGGCAGCGUGGUUCUAGUUAACCCUUUCUGCCAGGAGACCCUGUUCAUCAACAGAGACAAAGCCUCAGCCAUCUAG